CCUGUACUGCAAAGCAGUAACAUCUCUCUUGGGUUCCGGACUAGCAAAGAGAGGAGAUCCGUGCGACUUACAAGACAAAACCAGGCCUGAAGCCUAACAAUCCCGCAACUUACUAACCGUGUGAUGAUUGUUCUGUCGGAGAAGAUCGGAAUUUCUCAUACGAUCCUACAGUGUCCCAGGUGCCCAAUACCAGAAAAGGAUAAUGUUUCCAAAGAGACUUCAAAAUCUAGACGGAACCAUGCGGAGAAGCGACCAAAAGUCAAAUAGUUGUUCAGAGGACACAAGAUGGCGUCACAUUGAUACCCACGUAUGUUUGUGUUGGCCGGACACAUCCUAGGCACACUUGGAGGAAUGAGUGUUAAGCAAAUAGCGUUGUUGUUUGGUGUGAAAAACACAAUUCACUAGUCAGCAGUCCAUAAAAGGGACCAGACGGGAGAUCAUCGGGCGCGAAGACUCUUUGACAGCACCUUCUUGAGGUCUCAAGCUUUGGGUGAACCAGACAUGAAGACUCCUAUCCUUGUAAUACUGAUCUUCCAUUAUUCGGUGGUGUCUAGAUUCGGCAACUCCGAAAAACUUUUCCAUAGGAGGGAUCACUCGGAUAUAGAGCUAUCGAAACUCCCACAAGCCGAGCUGGUCACAGACGCGGUCUCUGCACAGCAAUAUUUGUCCAAAUAUGGCUGGACCCAGCCUGUCAUGUGGGAAGACGCUAUCCCUAAGGAUAUUGAGCCCCUGCCAGACAUCCAUCUAAUGCAAGAGGCGACGGCAGACUCAGGGAAAAGUCUAGCCGAGCCAACCAAAAAUCCUCACUUCACUGAAGCAUUGAAAAAAUUUCAAAAACUAAAUAACUUACCGGUCACUGGAAGACUGGAUGAUGCCACCAUUAACGCCAUGAACAAGCCAAGAUGUGGGGUGCCCGAUAACCAGGCCUUAAAAAAUGUCCAGGAUAAGACAACUAUGACCAAAACAACAAGCAAAACCAAUUCUACAAACCUCACCACCCAAGGUGAUGGGGCCCCGAAGAAACGCUCCAAGAGGUUCCUGGACCUGUUAAUGUUCUCGGACAAAUACAGAAAGGAGCAGGAAGCGUCGCGGAGUGCUGGAGGCAGAGUAUUCAGCAAGAAGCUCCUGAAAUGGCGCAUGAUCGGGGAAGGGUACAGCAGCCAGCUUUCUAUAAGCGAGCAGAGAUACGUCUUCAGGCUGGCCUUCCGGAUGUGGAGCGAGGUCAUGCCCUUGGACUUUGAAGAAGACAGUGCGUCGCCUUUGUCACAAGUAGAUAUCAAGCUGGGCUUUGGACGAGGGCGGCACUUGGGAUGUUCCAGAUCAUUUGAUGGGUUGGGCCAGGAGUUUGCACACGCCUGGUUCCUGGGUGACAUCCAUUUUGAUGACGAUGAACAUUUUACCGCCCCGAGCAGUGACAAUGGGAUCAGUCUGCUGAAAGUUGCAGUUCAUGAAAUCGGCCAUGUUCUCGGACUAUCUCAUAUCCACAGGACUGGAUCAAUAAUGCAACCCAAUUACAUCCCCCAGGAAUCAGGUUUCGAAUUGGACUGGUCUGACAGGAAAGCAAUACAGAACCUGUACGGGUCAUGUGAAGGACCUUUUGAUACAGUAUUUGAUUUUGUGAGAAAGGAAAGAAACCAAUAUGGAGAGAUUGCUGUACGGUACAACACCUACUUCUUCAGGAAUGGCUGGUACUGGAUGUACGAGAACAGGAAUAAUAGGACACGCUAUGGGGAUCCCAUUACUAUCUCAUCCGGUUGGCAAGGAAUUCCUGCAGAGAACAUUGAUGCCUUUGUUCACGUUUGGACCUGGACCAAGGACAUCUACUACUUCUUCAAAGGGACUCAGUACUGGAGAUACAAUAGUGACGAUGACAAAGUCUUCUCUGAAGACCCUCAGGGGACCACCUACCCCAGGCUCAUUUCUCAAGGUUUCCCUGGAAUUCCCAGUCCAAUCAAUACGGCCUACUUCGACAGGAGGACCCAGAGAAUUUACUUUUUUAAAGACUCUCAGGUUUUUGCCUUUGAUGUGAACAGAAACCAUGUGGUCCCUAACUUUCCGAAGAGGAUAGUAGAUGUUUUUCCUGCCGUUGUCCGGAACAACCAUCCCAGGACUAAUCUGGACUCUGCCUAUUUCUCUUAUAGCCACAAAACACUUUUUCUAUUUAAAGGGAAGCACUUCUGGAGAGUAGUCAGCGACCAGGAUAGACGGACAAACUCCUCUCUGCCCCUGAAUGGGCUGUUUCCCCAGCAGGCGAUUUCAGAACAGUGGUUUGAUAUAUGUAGUGUACAUCCGUCAUUGUUGAAAUUGUGAUCCACUCCCACAAACCCCUGGGACUUCCCAAUGGAUAGAAAAUUAGGGCCAGAAUUUACAUGUUCAGACUGACACUGCUGUACAGUGAUCCCUCAACCUACAAUGGCCUCAACAUACAAUGCUUUUUUCUGGACCAUUGUAACUUGAAACCAGACUCAACAUACAAUGUACAGACAGUCCAGAUCUGUGAAACGUGUGUAUGCACUGACUGGUGUCUGGUAGCGCCCCCUACAGUACAGGGAGGUACUACAUGUUCUGUACACUUUACCUAUAUUACUGAAGUGUAUGCACUGACUGGCUGUCUGGUAGCACCUCCCUACAGUACAGAGAGAAACUACAAGUUCUGUACUACUCCUUACCUGUGCCAGGGUUAGCUGCUCCUUUGGACACCAAGUAAGGGCGGCUCCAUUUGGGACACUGUGUGUACUGUACAGGACCCUGAAGAAGCUCCUGUCCUCUACAUAAACCAUUGUUUCCCAACCAGAGUGC